AUGCCGGAACCAGCUAAAUCCGCUCCCGCUCCGAAGAAGGGCUCCAAGAAAGCCGUCACCAAGACGCAGAAGAAGGGUGACAAGAAACGUAGAAAGACUAGGAAGGAGAGCUACUCGAUCUACGUGUACAAGGUGCUGAAGCAGGUGCACCCCGACACGGGCAUCUCGUCCAAGGCCAUGGGCAUCAUGAACUCCUUCGUCAACGACAUCUUCGAGCGCAUCGCCGGCGAGGCCUCGCGCCUGGCGCACUACAACAAGCGCUCCACCAUCACCUCGCGGGAGAUCCAGACGGCCGUGCGGCUCCUGCUGCCCGGCGAGCUGGCCAAGCACGCCGUCUCCGAGGGCACCAAGGCCGUCACCAAGUACACCAGCUCCAAGUAGAGCGCCUCGGACCGUCAGUUUUAACCCAAAGGCUCUUUUAAGAGCCACCCACGUUUUCAGUAAAAGAGUUGUUCAC